UUCAAUUGAUCGAAAGGAACAAAACCAACUUAUUCUGCUAAAAAUGAAGUUUAUGCUCGUCAUAGUUGCAGCUGUCGUGGCCGUCUCGGCCGAAAAACAUGGAAAUCACCGCACUGUGCCUAGUUAUAGGUCGGGAAGCGGGUCUUAUGAAAAAAAAUACGAAGCGACCACCUAUGCCACACCGACUUACAACACCGCAGCAUCCUACCAAUACCAGGGGACUGAAACAACUUAUGAAGACGAGCCCGUCUACACCAAAUCCUACUCUCGGCCGUCGUACAAGACAACUCCAGCACCUUACGUUACCGAAAGCGCUUCUUACUACUCAAAAUCCUCGUAUGAACCGUCAACGUAUUCGAGUCCAUCCUCAACAUACGUGACCAGCAAGCCGAAAUCAUACGAAGCCACCGAACCUGUGCGAUCCUACUCUUCUAAGCCAACCUACUCAGAAUCUCCUUAUUCUUCCCCGGUAUACACAACGACGACCAGCGCUCCUUAUACUACAAACCAGCGAUAUUCCACUCCGGCUUAUUACAGCAAGCAAGAUUCCUAUGAUUACAAGCCGAUGCCUUACAAGUUUGCCUGGGGUGUUAAGGACGAAAAGAGCUACAACGACUACUCCCAUCAAGAGGAGAGUGACGGCAAAGUUGUAAGCGGAUCUUACCGCGUUCUUCUUCCCGACGGCCGCACCCAAAUUGUUACCUACAAGGCUGAUGAGUACGGAUAUCAAGCUGUAGUGAAAUAUGAGGGAGAAGCCAAAUACGAUGAGUACAAGCCCACCUAUAAACCCGCCUACAAGCCGUCGGAUGUCAAAUACGAAGAAGAAUCCAAGUACACUAACAACUACAAACCUGCAGAUUACACGAAAGGUCCAGUUAACUACAGCACUGUUAAGAACGCUGAGUACACUAAGAAGACGGCGUACACAGUUCCCGUUUAUUCAACUAAACCGUACGAAUCUGCAACUGUUUACACCACUCCGUCCUACCCAUCCUACCAGUCGACUGCGUACUGAAUUCCAAGAUGGAAAUUGCAUACAGCAAUCAGCGAAUUACUCCACAUCAUUCUUGCAAAUAUUAAUAAUAAUUAAGAGAAAUAACAAUUCCCAAAGCUCCCUUAUUUUUUACGAUCCGAAAAAAUAAACUUUUUGAUG